AUGGUUCAAUUCACUUCCCGGGUCGACACGGGCAUGACAGGCUUGCCAACUGAGCAAGCUGCCACAGACCGCCGUGUAGGCAGUCCCAUGGGAGAUCGUGUCAGAAACGCCCUCGUCAUCAUCCUAGGAGAAUUCGCUGGAACGUUCAUGUUCUUGCUGCUCUCUUUCAUCGGUGCCCAGACUGCCCUCGUCACCAACAGCUACUCCGACCCUAACGCCCCAUUGUUGCCUUUCAGUUUGAUGUACAUUGCUGCCUCUUUCGGUACCGCUCUCGCCGUCAAUGUUUGGAUCUUCUAUCGUGUCAGCGGUGGCAUGUUUAACCCGGCUGUGACUCUUGGUUUGGUCCUCGUCGGUGCUGUGCCACCUCUUCAUGCCGCCGCUAUCAUCCCUACACAGCUUGUCGCUGCCAUGGCCGCUGCAGGCAUUACAGACGCACUCAUCCCCGGUCCGCUUCUCGUCACCAAUGCUCUCGGCAACGGGACAAGCGUCGCUCAAGGUGUCUUCAUCGAGAUGUUCCUCACAGCACAGCUUGUCCUGACCGUCUAUUUCCUCGCCGUCGAGAAGCACCGCAGCACUCAUCUUGCCCCUAUCGGCAUCGGUAUCUCAGUCUUCAUUGCCCACAUCUGUGCGACCAACUGGACGGGCACUUCUAUCAACCCUGCUCGAUCCUUCGGUCCUUCCGUCGUCGCUGGCUUCCACGGCUACGACUGGAUCUACUAUAUCGGUCCCUUCAUGGGCGCCCUCCUGGCUUUCGGCUGCUACAAGAUCUUUAAGGUGCUCGAGUACCAGACCGCCAACCCAGGACAGGACGACGAUGAUCUCGAGAGAGCCGACCGCCAUCACUUCUUCCACCACGGAAAGGAGCCCGUGUCGCACUCUCACACUGACACCAUCGAACCCAAGGAUCACGGUGUUCCUCAGCGAAAUGACAGCGUCAUUGAUGGCCAGAUGGCCCCAGUCUAG